GUAUACAAAACGCCAAUCAGUUAAAUUUCGGACACAUUAUCGAAAGAAAAAACAAAAAUAACAAUUUUUAAACUAAAGGCUUGUCGGGCUUGAGCAUACGUUAAACUGAUUACAUGAGUGUUUUGUUUUUUUUUUCAUUACGUGUUUCGUAUUACGUGUUUAAUGUUAUGUAAAAUAAUCGAUGACGUUGGAUCAUUGACACGGACUCGAAACGUUUAAAAACGAUUAUGGGUUGUGCCUGCGAAAAACAACACGUUACAGUACAGGGUAACAAAUAUUACGUGCAAGACCAAAUCGGACAAGGAGGUUUUAGCUCUGUAUUUCUUAUUAAGAACAUGGACAAUAAGAAAUUUGUAUUAAAAUGUAUUUUUUGUCAUGAUCAAAAAGAUCAUGAAAAAGCCUGGAAUGAAGCCAAAGUACAUCAACUAUUACAAAGUAGUGGAAAUAAGUGUAUCAUAAACUUAAUUGGAUGCGAAAUGAUUGAAAAAUCAUCAGAAUUUACAAAAACACCUACAGAUACAUUUCUUAUGGUAUUACCUCAUUAUAGAGGUGGAUCAUUACAUGACAUUUUAGUGAAAUCUAAAUACUAUAUAGAUAUAAAACGUAUAUUAAAACAUUUCCAUUCAAUUUGUUCAAGUGUAAAAACAUUUCAUGAUGUAUCUUAUGCACAUAGAGAUAUAAAACCAGCAAAUAUAUUAUUUAAUGAUAAUAAUGAACCAGUGAUUAUUGACUUAGGAUCUGCAGCACCUGCCAAAAGAAGAGUUACUUCAAAAAAGGAAGCACAAGAAUUUCUGGAUGAAGUGAAUGAAAGAUGUUCAAUGACAUAUAGAGCUCCAGAAUUAUUUAAUAUUGAUGUAGAUUCUGUUAUUGAUGAACGAAUAGAUGUUUGGUCACUAGGAUGUUUACUGUACGCAAUGCUCUACAAAAAAUCACCAUUUGAUUUAGUCUAUGAACGUGGAGAUUCAGUUGCUUUGGCGGUGAUAAGUAGAAAUAUACACUUUCCUCAUAAUUCUAAUGAUAGUAUCAACAAUUUGAUAAUGAUAAUGCUAACUGUGGACCAUUUCAAAAGACCAUUUAUUGAUACUGUUUUAUCAUUAAUUAAAGAAGUUGAUGAAUUAUUUGACCAAGAUUUAAAUGAACAACAAAUUUUAAACACGAAUAUUUAUAAUGUUUAGAAAUACAUAAAUAAAUAUUAAAUACUGAAUAAAUAAAUAAAAUUAUAAUACUUAA